AUGGCACGAAAGGCCACAAUCAACUGGGACACCAUGACGUUCACCCCGGGACCCGAGCUCAUGAACGAAAUGUACAGGCUACUGGCCUGGGGCACCCUCGCAGCCAUGGGGUUCCUGGCGAGCAACCCCUUUACGACCAUCGCACUCGCGCUUCUGUUCGCCGAUACCGCAUGUGGGCUGGUUCACAGCGAGAACAUCCGUAUUAUCUCCCAGAUGCGCCGAGCGGCCGGGAACGACAGUCGACUCAUUGCCGACCACGUCGCUCGCGCGCAGAAGCAAGUCGCCAAGGCCGUCGAAGACGCGGCGGCGCUCAACGCCAACCUCGAGCUUAUUGCCCAACUGCGCCGAGAAGCCGCGGAAGAGCGCGCUGCGACCCUCGCUCUCAUUGCACAACUGCACCAAGCGGCCAUAAACGACGCACAGCUCAUUUUUAAUCAGACUGCUCGCGCGCAUGCACAGGCGGAAGAGAUUGCGUCCCUCCGCGCUGAGAUUGCAUCCCUCCGCGAUCAGCUCGAGGCCCCCCUUCGGAUCUCGCUUGUGGUCAAGUUGCCUGCUCCUGAUGCCGCUCUGGAGGGGCAGGCUGCGCCUGACUCUCUGCCUGAGAAGGAGGGCGAGGUGUGCGAAGCGUGA